GACGAAGAAGAGUGGCGCACACAAUGCACUGCACGGCUGACAAGGGUUGUGUCUCCCUGAUUUUCACGAUAAUUUUCCAAUUCAGUGGAAACUUGUGAAAGGGCAAGCAGCGGAGCCGUUCUGUUUCUCCCCGUAUGUAUUCGCACACUGGAUUUAGUGAGUAUAAGAAAUCGUUGACCGGAAACGUCGGCGAGUGGUCAAACUAAUCCUAAACAUUGGAUUACACAGUGAAGGCUGCAUGAAGGAGCUGCCCAGCCCAACGGGGGCUUGGCCGACACCCUCGUUUAUGGAAAUCGACACCGAGGCUUUGAUAUUUGGGCCUUGAUUUUUUUUUUUUUUCUCUUUAUGAUGGAGGUGGGACGAAAGAAGAAUUUUGUGUAAAGAAGCGAUAUAUAUCAUUAUUAUACGGGCGAUUGUUUGCAAAAAAAAAAAAAGCUUCCGUAUUCUUCCUGCUCCCUUUAAAAAAUAAUAAUAAUAAUAAUAAGUUCUUGCUUGUGGCUUAGCUGGCUAACAGCUGGAUCGGCUAACGCUAGCUAGCCCGAGUGCUAACGUUACGUCUUUCUUUUGAUGUGAUGCGAAUUCAACCAUUUCUAUCGGCCAUCAACAUUUCGGCAGGAGAGGAUUUUGUUGUCGUGGCUGCGGAAUAUUAGUUAGCUUCAUAGUGUACUGUCCGGCUUGUCUGUCUUUACAGACACGUUUCAAGAAUAUAGUUUUAUUCUUAGGUUGCUUGCUGAAUAUAUUGUACUGUAUUGAGUUAGCCGUGUACAUGCUACCCAAAUGAGCAAAAGCUAAUUGGCUGGAGUCAACACUGACCUAUCGUUAGCUAGCAUUAGCAUCAACUACUUUAACUCAACCAGACAGCUCGUUUUACUCCUUUAGAUUGGGAGUAAUUUAUAAUAGUUGUCAACAAUAAUACUUAACAUUUCACAUUAACGCGAACUCAUGUCACGGCCACCGGUGUGUUAGUUUCGGAUAUCUGGGUUAUUGGCCUUGCUAACUAGCUAACCGUAUAAUUUUGCUAACAGGCAAAUAAAUUUGUCAGCGUGUGCAGAAAUUUAGGAAAUCCUAGACGUAAGAGUUGUAUUGAGCAAUGCCAACAUUGGCGUGAGUUUAAUUUUGAAAUCGAUCUAGAGGCGAUUUGGCCUGCUUUGUCAGCGACACAACUAGACUUGUCUUUUUUGUUUACAUGCGUAUAACUUAUCUGGUUGUCGGUUGAAUUUCUUGCUAGCUAGCUAAUGUUAGCCUUCUGCGAGACACAAACCGCUACGUCCUGACAUUUGUGUAUGUCGUGGAUGUUUUAAAUUCCCAUGUGGAUCUAAGUUUGCGUUCAGAUUCAUUGAGAUGACACUAAAAUUUCGCCGAAAGAAAGGCACUGAUGCCGAUAGACUGUUGUCAAAGGACGGUAAAUAAUAGCCACUGGUUCCAUUAACGCCAUUUUAGCAGGGGCUCCCUGCGAGGGCCUGUGUGGUGUUUUAUUUGCGGUUCGGUGCCUUCCACCGGACCGGGACUUGAAUAAAGUGCCUUUGGUCUCACUGGAGUUACAAAAGAAGGUGCCGUUUCAACAUGGAGGGCCAGAGCCGAAGCGCAGGAUUCAGGCAGAGCCGACGGUCCCGUUCACAGCGCGACAGGGAGCGGCGGAGGAGGAGAGUGAACCUGGCCGAGGAGCGGGCCACAUCCCUGUCCUCAGGCUCCGAUCGGGAGGCUUGUGGGACAAACAGUGUCCUGGGUCCCGGUGGGAGAGAAUGCCGGCCCGCUUUUGGGAGACACAGGCCUCCACGUCGCAGGAAGAGAGAGUCCGUGUCCUGCGAGGAAGACAUAAUUGAUGGCUUCGCUAUUGCGAGCUUUAUCAGCUUGGAGGCACUGGAGGUCUGUUGUCUAUCCAUCAAGACAGGCAGGGAAUUGAUGGACUGCUCUCUGAAGCCCAGUCAGCGCACUGAUAUGCUGGGAAGGAGGAACAAGGGGAAGAGAGGGCCAGAGGAGAAUGGUGGAGGGCCGCUGUCGGAGCCGGAGGAAGGAGCCCCGCACAGCUACUCCAGCAGCUGUUUGAACAAGAAUAGAAAUAAGAGAAGAAGGAUAGAGGGACACCCUUUGGAGACUGGCUACAUUUGUGACACUGAGAGUGACACAGGAGACAAGGCGUCUGACAAUGACAUGGACCCAGUCUUCACAGUCAGUACUAGGAAAGUUGUGGAGCCCGCCCCCUCAAACAUGGGCCCAUCCAUGGGCAAAAGCUGCCCGCCUCUACCUGCCCGUUGUGGUGGUGUCUCACGGUUGAUGGUGACCCCGAGAGUAUCUGGCCUGGAGCGCAGCCAGGAGAAAAACUUGGAGCAGCAUUUCCCAGAGCCUGUUUCUACUUCUACCUCUCUCUCUUGCCUGCCUUCCCACCCAGUCACAGCCUCAGUCGCGGUCCCCCGGCCCAGCCUUUUCGGUAAUGGCAGCCGCCACAAUGGCAGCCCCCCACUCUCCAAACCCAAACCCUUCCUCACUUUGCCUGGACGAUCUCACUUCUACAACAGGAGCAGCACCCCAGUCAAACCUCCCUCGUCUGCUUCAUCUGUUGCAUCUUCCUGCUCCUCCAUGCGCCCCCCGACUCCUUCCACCAGUGUGCCGCUGCCCUACAACAGGGGCUCGGGAUCCUCAGGGCCCCUCCGACCCCCAUCCCGAGCCAGCUCUGGGGCCCUGUUCACGUCCUCACCUGGCCUUCCUCCCCCUCCCCCUCUGCUGCAAGGUCCUGCCCACUCAACAGCAGCAGAUCAGGAAAUAAUGCGUCAAAAUUUAAACUCCCACUUCUUGAAUUCACAAGAGCGUGAGGGCAGACGCAGCGUCCCAGGGGCUGAAAAUAACGCAGCAGCUGCGGGCCGCUCCACUCCUGGUGGUCCAUCAGCAUCGGGCUCCGCACCGGGUUCAUCAGGCCGGACGUCUCAGAACCAGCCAAACAUCCCUCCCCUGGCCUUCCAGUUCCAUCAGCACAACCACCAGCACCAACACAUGCACACGCACCAACACUUCACGCCCUUCCUGCACCCCACAGCUACCGCACCACCUCUGUUUGAUAAGUAUCCCGGCAAAAUGGACGGGCUGUACCGAAACCCCUUCUUCCCACAAUACCCGCCACCCUCAGUGCCGAGUAUCCAGCCUGUGAUUCCUCCCACUGGGCCUUUCAGCAACUUGCAAGGAGCAUUUCAGCCAAAGCCUCUUGUCCCUCAGGGAACGGGUCCUGAUAUAAGCGCACGACUUGGGGUUGUGCCUCACCACCUGCAGCCCAAAGACCCCAGGCUAACUGAUCCAUUUGGGACAUCGUUGAAAAUCAGUAAUAAACCAGGAAAAUGGUGUGCUAUGCAUGUAUAUGUGGCCUGGAUGAUUCUAAGCCAUCAGAAAAAAGUAAAGCUGAUGCAGGCUGAUCCUCACAAGUUGGACUUCCGUAGUGACCUGCUGGCCCGUCUUCCUGGAGCUGGGGGACUGGGCCCCCUGGGGCCCAUAGGAGGAGCCCUGCCUCCUGCUCAUGAUCUGACCAGACCUCCCAGUCUGUUCUCAGCUACAGGGCCAGUCAAUCCGUCCUCAGCUCCUUUCAUCUCCCCAUCUACGCCACACUCCUCUUUCCUCGCACCAACUGCACACUUGGAUCCGUAUGGCCGAUCCCCACCCUUCACCCCACUGGGAGCUCUUGGUUCUGGUGCCUUUGGAGGACUUGGCAGCCCAACACUGGCGAGCUCUGUGUUCGGCCCUAAAGAUUCACCAGCUAGUGUGGUUGGAGGCUUACCCAACCCUAACCAUCAUGACCCAUGGAACCGUCUACACGGUGGCCCAUCUGGGUUCCCUGCUGGCCCCAGCUGGGCUAAAGGGGCAGACAAGCGGGACGAGAGGGAUCGAGGGAAGGAAGGAGAGAGACGAGACAUCCCCCACAUCAAGGAUGAAAAGGACAGAGACAAUAUGCUGUAUGGCCGACAACCUGUGAGAAUGUCUCCAGUUGCCCCUUCCUUCAAGCCCCGCAGUAGCACCCCAGUUUCCCACAUUAAUGGCCACAGCAGUGCCCUGUUGGGGAGCAGUGUGCCUAUUGAGGACCCGACACGCAGCUUAAAUAGAGACAGAGACCGCGAGCGAGACAGAGAUGGGGAUAAGAGGCCGCUGCCAACAGUGUCUUCACGGGGGCUGCCUCUUGGCUCUUUAGUAGCAGACAGGGACAGACCACGGUCUUCCUCAUCUUCUGUGCUCACUACUCCCCCGCCCUCCAACCGCUCAGCCCCAUCUCCUUUGGACCUUUACCCCCGCUCACUGGCCCCGACAGCACAUAGCCUCCACAACGAACCCUCACACUCCCAAAGAGACGGCAACGUCCCUGCUUCCUCCGCAGCUUCUGCCUCUGUCACUUCUUUGUCUCAGGCCAAGAAGUCUGACCGGACCACAACACCAGUCUCCAAACCUCCCCUGCUUCUCCCGCCAGUUAAAGUCAAAGAGGAGCGGAAAGAGGAGCCGGAGCAUAUCCCCAUCACCCUGCCUCCCCCAGCACCAAACCACGGUUUUGAGCGCCCCAACAGCCAUCCACACCACCAUAGGUCUGGUACCCCUUCCUCUUCCUCAUUAUCAGUGACUUCCACUCCUGGUGUUCCCCUCAUGUCACACACUCCAAACCACCCUCCUUCCCACCAACACCUUUCCCUGCUAGACCGCUCCAGGGCCAUUGAAGCGUAUCUGGGGAGCACAGCAGGUGCUGCAGGGUUGGUAGUGGGUCCAGGAGGAGAACGUUUCACCCAUGGUCCAGGUCACGGGCACCCACAGGGUCCACAUAGCUUCACCUGGGACCCCUGGAGGGAGCUAGCGGCUCAGCAGCAACAUCAGCAUCGUAGGGAGGCUUUGGCACUUCGGUCAGACCCACACCUAGCCCUGCGAUCCGAUCCACAUCUGGCCCGACUGCUCCAGCAUCAGCGCUUUCUGGAGGCAGAAAGGGUUGCGGCUGUAGCAGCCGCAGCAGCCGCCCCUCACCACCCUCCGACAUCUACCUCUACUGCCUCCACAUCUGCUGUCCGCCAGGAGUUCGGCCUAAUGGCCCACCACUUUGACCGCCCUCCUCACCUUGGACCCCCAGGAGGAGGACUGAUCGAUGAGGAGCAGCGUGCACAGAUCCUGAGGGAAGACUUUGAGCGGGCUCGCUACUUUGGGAUGCACCCACACCUCCCUCAUGGCUCUCACCUCUCAAGCCCCUCUCAUGCUGCUACUGCCGCUCACCUGGAGCAGCUCCACCCUGGCCUUCUCUCCCACUCGCUCCCCCCUGGAGCCUCUCCUGCUCAGCACCACGCUGGCCUCUACGCCCGUCUAGGCCCACUAAACCCUCACCACGUGCCCAACGGCAUCCUGGCAAAGACCCCCGCAGGCUUGGUGGGAGCUCUGGCAGUGGGGGCACCGCCUCCACUCAUUCCGUCCAUCACCAGCCGGUCGUCCACACCUCCCCGCAGUUCUAGACUUGGAGGGCCAGGUGAGCUGGCACUGUACAGCGCCCACAAAGACGGAGAGUCGAGAUAGUACAGGGACAACACUGGAGGAGAUUAAGGGAAAUGUCAGGAUCACUGUGCUGCUCUCAACCUGCCCCCUUUUCCUCUUGCAGACUACUAAACCCUGCCCUUCCAGUUACACAACCAAACCAGCUCCAGCCCCUCGACCCCACCCAAAAAUAAGGGUAACCGUGACUGGCUGGAGGUGAUGGUAGGGAGGGAAAUGCAAGACUCAUCAGUGUGACUUAAAAUAUGCGCAAUGGUUCUAUCAGUGCAAUUUAAAGGUACAUGGUUUCUGUGCAUCCUUGGUGUAUUUUUAUUUUAUACUGGCUGUUGGUUAUUACAGUAGUCAAUUUGGAAAGCUGUAUGAAGAGGCAGAGGACAGCUUUUUUCAUUUGUCAAGUGAAUUAUGAUCCAUGCUUUUAAGCAAGCCUUUUCCGGUUGGAUUGGAUAUGACUUCCAGAGGGAUGUACACUGUGAAAACAUGUCAAGGGUUCAUCCUCAGCCUGGUUAACUCAUGGGAUAUUAUAAAGCCCUCCUCUACAUAAUUCAACCCUGAUUAGGCGUUGUGGAUGAGGGUCUUUAGAAAUACAGUGGUGAAGUGGUGCUUUCUGUUCUGUCUUUGUGUCUUUUUGUCAUUGUGAAAAGACAGAUUACUGAUGAGACCAUUUAAUGAAGAUCAGUAAGCAUCGCACCUCAGUUUUUCCUGCUUUACCCCCAAAAUCUAAACCCAAACCCUCAACUUCACUGAUAAAGAGAUUCAACCCUUUUUUUGGCUUGUUUUUUUUUUUUUUGUUUUCAAAGGAUGAAUGGCGAAAUGAACUGUGCUACACUGUGUGAGUGAACACAGUAUUUUAGAGCUUCCUGUAACUGUUUCCCAGUCUCCUCUUGACUAUAUGUGCAGGACCAGAUUAUAGUAGUCUAGAGAAAUUGCCUUUGUAAUUAUUAUUCUUAACAUUAAUUAUCUUCUAUAAUAAUAAAUAUAUUCACUGUUAUGUUAUUUGUCUUUGUUUCGGGUAUCAACCAGUACUCUUUCCCCAGGUAGUAAUCUGUUUUCAAAUCAUGCAAAAGACAAAGCAAAAGGCUUGCUUCACAGAAAACUUUUUAGUGCUUGUGAACAUUAAGCCGAAUCCAUUGCAACCUCUGGCCUCUUCAAGGAUCUCAUCUAUGACUUGGUUAUGCUGAGAGGGAGGUUUGCCUGUGUGUCAUUGGUUGUGUGUUAUAUCCAUUUUGGGACUAUGGGAGCCUUGUACAUUGAACUGUCGAGUUGUUUCGUCAACAAAAAUAAGUUAUAUACAUGGAUAAGUGGGACAUCUGCUGAAGAACUGAAAAAAAUAUAUGUACUUGUGUCAAAAGACAACUAGACAGUGGGUAUCCUGAGAGGGAAAAGACUGGGUCGAUUAUUUUAAUAUGACCAUUUUAUACCUUUCAAACCCCUCCCCUAGAGACCACAAAGAUUAAUUAUUAAAUGAAUUGUUGUUUA